GCAGCGCCGGCGCGGAACACGGUCUGCGGCAGCAAUGGCUGCGGGUGUCCCCUGCGCUCUGAUCACCAGCUGCUCCGCCACCUUCACCGGGGACCGGCUGGUGCAACAUAUCCUAGGAACAGAGGAUGCUGUUGUGGAAGCAGCUUCCAGCGAGGCAGUGAGGUUCUACCCCUGGACCAUCGACAACAAGUACUAUUCAGCAGAGGUCAAUCUGUGUGUGGUGCCAAGCAAGUUCCUGGUCACUGCUGAGAUCGCAGAGUCAGUCCAGGCGUUCGUGGUUUACUUUGACAGCACACAGAAAUCGGGUCUUGACAGUGUCUCCUCAUGGCUUCCCCUGGCAGAGGCAUGGUUACCUGAGGUGAUGAUCCUGGUCUGUGAUAGAGUCUGUGAAGACGGAGUAAACCGGCAGAAGGCUCAAGAGUGGUGCAUCAAACAUGGCUUUGAGCUGCCUGAGGAGGAUGAUGACUUCCCUGAAUCCACAGGUGUAAAGCGGAUUGUACAAGCGUUGAAUGCCAAUGUCUGGUCCAAUGUUGUGAUGAAGAAUGACAGGAGCCAAGGCUUCAGCCUCCUCAACUCGCUGGCUGGAGCAAACCGCAGCAUUGGAUCAGCAGAGAGCUGUCACUCAGAGCAGCAGGCCCGGUUGCCAGCAGCUGAGAGGAUAGAGUCCCUUCCGGGCCAUCGUGGUGGUGCAUGUGGCUCAGCAGGUGCACAGGUUGACAGCAUUGUGGACCCCAUGUUAGACUUGGAUAUUCAAGUAGCGAGUCUUACCACUGGAGGAGGAGAUCUGUAGAACUUCGAGAGGCUCUUUUCAAAGUUGAAGGAAAUGAAAGACAAGGCUGCGACACUUCCUCAUGAGCAAAGAAAGUGGCACGCAGAAAAGGUGGCCAAAGCCUUCUGGAUGGCCAUAGGAGGAGACCGAGACGAGAUCGAAGGCCUUUCUUCCGACGAAGAGCACUAAAUCCUUCCUGCUGGGUUUGCCUGGCACUGAUGCCGGCACUGUGCACUCCAAGUGUUUCCCUGCUCAACCCGGUCCUGCUCUGCCAAGAUCGCCGUCAUCAUGCUGGCCGCUUGACUGUUUGGGGGUUCCCUUAGGUGGGCUUUUAGGAAGGACAUAGGGAGACAUCUCUGUUCCUGGGUCAUGAGUGAAUGAGGAGUGAACUGACAGUAUUGACAUCUUCAGAUCUGCAUCUUCGGAUCUCUAUUCUUCGUUUUAAGAUCCAGGGUAGAAUGAGUCUUAGAGGUCUGUACAGGAGAGCCAGGUGUCAGAGCACACUGUGAUCUCAGCACCUUGGGGUCAGAGGCCAACUUGGGCUCCAUAAGGCGGCCUGCUUCUUUGCUGAAUCGCCAGCAUUCACACUGGCUGAAGGUUGGGAGUCUGUGCCGUUUCCUGUAUACUUCCCCUGGUCCCCACUAAGAGCCAGGCUCUGAGCUAAGGUGGAUGUUGUUGAGAAAAAACGGAGGCAGCUAUAGAUCUAGUGUGCGCCCGGUGGGUGUGUGGGGGGGACAAGUGGCUCUGGGUUUGUCUCUAAGCAAGCCCUUAUGGACAUUUGAAGUUCAGUGUCUGGGUUCCUGCCACAAAGAAGUAAAAGUCAGAUGUCUGUGUAUAAGAAACAAGCAAAGGUUUCCUUC